AGCAGCAGCAGCAGCAGCCAAGCGCAAGUGAAGGCAUACACAUACACACACACAUACGCGAGUGCGCGCGCACACACACAUACAGGCGCACACAGGAACGCCGCGCGAGCGAGGCAGAGGCUGCUGUGGUAUUGUUAUCCUCGUGUGUGCAAGCGGAGGGGGUUGUUGCUGCUGUUGCUGCUGCUGCUGCCGCCGCCGCUACUGGCUGCUGGCCGGCGGGGAGACGAAGCGAGGCAAGAAAGUGAAGGAGGCGAAGGACUCGCGGCGAGCAUGCAGCAGCGGCAGAGCCGGCGUCGGAGCGGCGCUGCCAGGGCGCACUUGGCGACGCGCUGAGGAGGAGGAGGAGGGAGGGAGGCUGCCUCAAGCCGGCCGGCGAGAAGGACAAGCAGGCAGCCGCCGCCGCAGGAGCGAAGAAGACGGGCUAUGUGCCCGGGGAAAGCCCGCGGGAACCGCUAACACCGCCAGCCCCCCCUCUCGGCAGCGCCCCUCACGAAGAGACUCCUUCGGCCGCUGCCUUUUGUGCGAGUCACCCAUCGCCGACACCCCGGACGCGGCAGCCGGACCGGGAGCUCCGUCGCCCCUUCCUCCCAGGCGAGCGCCGCGGAUCCUCCGCCGCCCCCUACCGCCCUUCCCGCCUUGGCCCGCGCCGCCGCCGGGCCCCCAUCCGCGGACUUUUCGCCCCGCCGUGCACGCCUCCCCCCGCCACCGCUUCGCCUCCAUGUGCCGGAUAGCGGGAGCGCCGCCGCGGAUCCUGCCGCCGCUGCUGUUGAUGGUGCUAGCGGCCCUGCAGCAGGCACCUAUAAAGGCAACUUGUGAAGAAGGCACAUUAUGCAAGACUGGGUUUCCUGAAGACGUUUACAAUGCAGUCAUAUCCAGGGGAGUUCAUGAAGGACAGCCUCUUCUAAAUGUGAGGUUUAGAAGCUGUGAAGAAAGCAGAAAAGUCAAUUUUGAAAGCAGUGCACCAUCAGAGUUUAGAGUGAGUGAAGAUGGCGUGGUUUAUGCAGCUAGAAGCUUUCAGAUUUCUCCAGGACUUACUGAAUUCCUCUUAUACGCUAAUGACAAGGAAACCCAGGAAAAGUGGCAAGUGGCUGUGAAACUAGCUCUUGAGCCAGAGGAUUCAGUGAAGGAGCAAAAGAAAAUGGAAGACAUUGUAUUUCCAAGACACCAAAAUAAGCACAUUGGCCAUCUGCGAAGACAGAAGAGAGACUGGGUCAUCCCUCCAAUCAACUUGCCAGAAAACUCCAGAGGGCCCUUUCCUCAGGAAUUAGUUAGGAUCAGAUCUGAUCGUGAUAAAAGCCUUUCCUUGCGAUACAGUGUUACUGGGCCAGGAGCUGACCAGCCUCCAACAGGCAUCUUCAUCAUCAAUCCAAUCUCAGGUCAACUAUCAGUGACAAAACCAUUAGAUCGGGAGCAAAUAGCUUCUUUUCACCUGAGGGCACAUGCCGUGGAUGUAAAUGGAAACCAGGUGGAAAAUCCCAUUGACAUCGUUAUUAAUGUCAUUGAUAUGAAUGACAAUAGGCCUGAGUUCUUACACCAGGUUUGGAAUGGUUCAGUACCUGAAGGAUCAAAGCCAGGAACCUAUGUAAUGACGGUCACUGCUAUUGAUGCUGAUGACCCGAAUCAGUUGAAUGGAAUGCUGAGAUACCGAAUCUUGUCACAAGCACCAAGCACACCCUCCCCAAGCAUGUUUACAAUUAACAAUGAAACCGGCGACAUUAUCACAGUUGCUGCUGGCCUUGACAGAGAGAAAGUACAACAGUAUACAUUAAUAAUUCAAGCUACAGACAUGGAAGGAAAUCCAACAUAUGGUCUUUCAAACACAGCAACUGCUGUCAUCACGGUGACAGAUGUCAAUGACAAUCCUCCAGAGUUCACUGCCAUGAUUUUCUAUGGUGAGGUCCCUGAAAACAGAGUGGAUGUUACAGUAGCUAAUCUAACGGUGACUGAUAAGGAUCAGCCACACACUCCUGCUUGGAAUGCCAUGUACCGAAUGACUGGUGGCGAUCCCACAGGCCGGUUUACUAUCAACACUGAUCCAAACAGCAACGAUGGGUUGGUAACUGUUGUGAAGCCUAUUGAUUUUGAGACCAAUAGGAUGUUUGUACUGACAGUAGCUGCAGAAAACCAAGUGCCUUUGGCAAAAGGAAUUCAGCAUCCUCCUCAAUCAACGGCGACUGUAUCCAUUACAGUUAUUGAUGUGAAUGAGAGCCCGAUUUUUGUCCCAGUCACAAAGCUCGUGCGUCAGGAGGAAGGGCUACUUGCUGGCAAGGUCUUAACGUCCUUCACUGCUCAGGACCCUGAUCGUUACAUGCAGCAGACUACUCUAAGGUACUCAAAACUCUCAGAUCCUGCUAAUUGGCUAAAGAUUGAUUCCAUUAAUGGUCAGGUAACAACAAUUGGUGUUCUGGACAGAGAGUCACCACAUGUGAAAAACAACAUGUAUAAUGCUACUUUCCUUGCCUCAGACAAUGGAAUCCCUCCAAUGAGUGGGACUGGCACACUUCAAAUCUAUCUCCUCGACAUCAAUGAUAAUGCUCCCCGAGUGGAUCCUCAAGAAGCCACAACUUGUCAAACACUGCAACCCAAUGCAACAAACAUCACAGCCAUAGACGAUGACAUUGAUCCAAAUGCCGGGCCCUUUGCCUUUGAACUGCCACAUCAUCCUUCCAGUGUUAGGAAUAACUGGACCAUUAUUCGUAUUAGUGGUGACCGAGCCCAACUGGCUUUGAGGAUCAAGUACCUUGAGGCUGGCAUCUAUGAUGUUCCAAUAAUAAUAACAGAUUCUGGGAAUCCUCCCAAGUCCAGCACGUCUAUUUUGAAGGUGAAAGUUUGCCAAUGUGAUUUAAAUGGAGACUGCACUGAUGCCGACAGGAUUGUAGGUGCAGGGCUGGGCACAGGGGCCAUCAUUGCAAUUCUCCUCUGCAUCAUCAUACUACUCGUUCUGGUUCUGCUGUUUGUUGUUUGGAUGAAACGUCGUGAUAAGGAACGUCAGGCCAAACAGCUGCUCAUUGACCCUGAAGAUGAUGUAAGAGACAAUAUCCUGAAGUAUGAUGAAGAAGGUGGUGGAGAAGAAGACCAGGACUAUGACUUAAGUCAGCUCCAGCAACCAGACACUAUAGAACCAGAUGCCAUCAAACCUGUCGGAAUAAGACGACUUGAUGAAAGACCUAUCCAUGCAGAACCUCAAUAUCCGGUCAGAUCAGCAGCUCCUCAUCCUGGGGACAUUGGAGACUUCAUUAACGAGGGACUUAAAGCAGCAGACAAUGACCCUACAGCCCCUCCUUACGACUCCCUUCUAGUCUUUGACUACGAGGGCAGUGGCUCCACAGCUGGGUCACUGAGCUCCCUCAACUCUUCGAGUAGUGGUGGUGAGCAAGACUAUGACUACCUAAACGAUUGGGGCCCACGUUUCAAGAAACUUGCCGAUAUGUACGGAGGAGGCGAUGACUGAACACGACGAGCGGAGGAGGCGAUGGCUGGAUGUUGCGUUUGGACAAGUACAAACCUUUCCACUGGUAUUCCCAACAAGCGUACAGAAGCUAGGCUUUAACUUUGUAGUCUACUAGCACAAGUGCUUGCUGAAGGCUUUGGCAUAGGCUGCAAACCUAUUUGGGCUCACUGGGAAUAUCAGUCAUCCAAUGCUGUUUGGAAAAAAAAAGGAAAACAAACAAUUGAGCUCAGUUACACUUGAAUUUUACAGUACAGAAGCACUGGGAUUUUAUGUGCCUUUUUGUACCUUUUUCAGAUUGGAAUUAGUUUUAUGUUUAAGGCUUUAAAUGGUACUGAUUUAUGAAAAGAUGAGACAAACCACAUUGGGGUGGGGAGAAAGUUCAAUCACCAAUAUGCUUCAACAUGCUUUUGUUACAUUGCAUUGCUUUUAUUAAAAUAAGGAAAUUGGAAAAAGAAAAAAAAACCUCAUGGGGAAAUUUUGUUAUUUGGGGGAGGGGGGAGAAGGCCAUGAAAAUGAAAAAAAAAUGUACAAUACUUCUAGUUUUAGAUGAUAGGGUUUUUCACUAAAAUUCUAAAACUUAUGCAGCUGGUUGCAAAUAAAGGGAGUUUUCAUAUCACCAGUUUGUAGCAGAACUGAUUUUCUUUUCUUAUGAUAGAAUGUUAGACACAUUUUGGUCUUAAUCCAUAUACACAUUUUUUUAAGCAUUUUACAAUACUUUUUUUCCCACUUCACUGUAAAAAAAUGGUAUGUGUACAUAAUGUUUUAUUGGCAUAGUCUAUGGAGAAGUGCGGAGACUUCCGAACAUGUGUAUGUAUUAUUUGGACUAUGGAUUCAGGUUUUUGCAUGUUUAUAUCUUUCGUUAUGGAUAAAGUAUUUACAAACAGGUUGCAAACAAGUGACAUUGAUUCAAUUGUUGAGCUGUAGUUAGAGUACUCAAGGUUUGGGUUUUUUUAUUAUUUUGUUUUCGUUUUUAUUUGUUUGGGGAGGGAGAAAAGUUCUUAGCACAAAUGUUUUACAUAAUUUGUACCAAAAAACAAGCAAACAAAAUGAAGACAGAGAGAUAAAACUCAAGGGAUAGCCUGAUACUGAUGGCUCAAGCAAUUACACAGUAUGUUAAAAAGAGCUUUUAAACCAGAGAGACGUCUGACAACAGCUUUGCCUCUGUAUUAUGUACCAGAAUAUAAAUGAUACACCCCUGACCCCAAUGUUCUGAAUAAAAUGCUAAUUUUGGA